AUGCAGGACCAGAUGGACACAGAGUCCAUCGAACAGCGUGGUACUAAGCGUGCGGCUGAGGAGACUAGUACUCAAGAGCCGCCCAGGCCAAAGAAGAUCAAGGCUCUCGAUCCUGAUGUCGUGAACAAAAUUGCGGCCGGGGAGAUUAUCGUCGCGCCAAUGCACGCGUUAAAGGAGUUGAUUGAAAACGCAGUUGAUGCUGGCUCUACCUCCAUUGAAGUUCUAGUCAAGGACGGAGGCCUCAAGCUACUACAAAUUACCGAUAACGGACAUGGCAUUGAUCGAGAUGAUCUUCCUAUUCUCUGUGAGAGAUUCACUACAUCCAAACUCAAAGAGUUUGAAGAUCUCUCCUCUAUCGGAACUUACGGGUUCCGGGGUGAAGCAUUGGCCAGCAUCAGCCAUAUUGCACAUCUCACAGUCACGACGAAGACGGCAGGUUCCAGCUGUGCGUGGCGAGCGCAUUACGGAGAUGGAAAGCUGAUUCCAGCCAAGCCGGGUCAGAAUGCUGCACCCAAGGCGACAGCUGGAAGAGGAGGAACGCAGAUCACCGUUGAGGAUCUGUUCUACAAUGUCCCUACUCGACGCAGAGCCUUCCGAUCAGCAAGCGAAGAGUAUGCCAAAAUCCUUGAUGUUGUUGGCCGAUAUGCAGUUCACUGCCACGGGGUUGCUUUCUCAUGCCGUAAACAUGGCGACUCUGGCGUAAGUAUUUCGACACCAGCCAGCGCUAGCACCGUCGACCGGAUCCGCCAAAUCCACGGCAGUGCUGUCGCAAAUGAGCUCGUUGAUUUCAAUUGCGAAGAUAAGAAGUUUGGCUUCCAGUCAUCUGGGCUUGCCACCAAUGCCAACUAUCAUGUCAAGAAGACAGUGAUUUUACUCUUCAUCAAUCAUCGUGCAGUCGAAUCAACGACUUUCAAGCGUGCAGUCGAGCAGACCUAUUCGGCAUUCUUACCCAAGGGUGGCCACCCUUUCGUCUACCUUGACCUCGAGAUCGAACCCAACCGAGUCGAUGUCAAUGUACAUCCCACAAAGCGCGAGGUCAACUUCUUAAACGAAGACGAAAUCAUCGAACUUGUCUGCACUGAAAUUCGAUCCAAGCUCGCAGAGGUGGACUCGAGCCGCACAUUCUUGACCCAAACUCUUCUUCCUACCGUGCCAACGAUUCAAUCCCUACAGGAUGAAAGCAAUGAUCCUAAAGAGGGAGCAGAUCCAAGAGGAGCAACUCCCAAAACACCAGCGACAACCAAAAAGCCCUACGAAAACAAUCUCAUCCGAACAGACUCCAAAGUCCGUAAAAUAACAGCAAUGCUAGCACCCUCACCGCAAGAUGGAUACAACCCUAACGCCCCAGAAACCGACAAUCAAACAACCUCCCUGCUAGAAGAAGGUCUCCAAUAUACAACGACAGACCGCCAACCCCUACGCAUAGCCCUAUCCUCAAUAAAAGCCCUACGAGCAAAAGUCCGCGCCGAGAUGCACAACACCCUAACAGAAAUGUUUGCAACACACACUUACGUCGGACUCGUCGACGAACAACGCCGCCUAGCAGCAAUCCAAUCCGGCGUCAAACUCUACCUAAUAGACUACGGCCUAACAAGCAACGAACUGUUCUACCAAAUCGGCCUGACAGACUUCGGCAACUUCGGCACAAUAAAACUAGACCCAGCACCAAAGCUAACAGACCUUCUCAAAAUCGCCGCCGAAGAAGAAAAGCAAGAACUCACCCCCCAAGCUUCAAAUCAGAAAGAAGCAGACACAAUCUUCGCAAAUGCACCAGACAUGAUCGCCCGCACACUCAUUCAACGCCGCGAAAUGCUAAACGAGUAUUUCGCCAUGCAGAUCAGUCCUGACGGCCACCUCCUCACCAUCCCCCUCCUGCUGAAGGGGUAUGUGCCCGCGCUCUCAAAGCUACCACGCUUCCUCCUCCGUCUCGGUCCAUACGUCGACUGGAGCAGCGAGGAGGGGUGUUUCCGGUCUUUUCUGCGUGAGCUCGCUGCGUUCUAUACGCCCGAACAACUUCCCGUUGUUGCGGGGCAUGCGUCGGCGUCGACGUCGGUGUCUGCAGAUGCAGAUGCAGAUGCAGCUAUGGAUGUAUCAGCGUCUGGGUCUGGGCCUUCGCCUGCAUUUGCGCCUGCGCAAGCCGACUCCAUGACCGAGCCGGUUGUAGCCGAUGCAUCCUCGUCCGAGCUUGAUGCGGAGGCGUUUGUGAGGGCGCGGAGGGCGCAGAUCCUUCGCAUGUUGGAGUAUGUUCUUUUCCCUGCUGUGCGGGCUCGUCUUGUUGCCACUUCACGGUUGUUGCGUGGUGUUGUUGAGGUUGCGGAUUUGAAGGGGCUGUAUCGGGUGUUUGAGCGCUGUUGA